UAUUGUGAACCUAAUACAUUACAUGAUAAUAUGAUUCAGAUGUCGAAAAUAGCAAACAGAGACUAUGCAGCCCUCAAUCUCUCCGGAGACAACUACUUGCAGUGGGCACUAGACACAAGGAUUAGUCUAAAGUCUAAAGGACUCGGUGAUACUAUCAUCGAAGACAACAAUGAGAAUGAGAAGAACCGAUACAGAGCCUUAGGCCUUAUGCGGCAUCAUCUCAUUGAUGGUCUUAAAGAUCAGUACAUGACAAUCGAGAAUCCACUAGAUCUUUGGAUGGCUUUAAAGAAUAGAUAUGACCACCACAGGAUGGUGUUGCUUCCAAAAGCAAGGCAUGAUUGGAUGCAUCUAAGAUUCUUAGACUAUAAGUCGGUGGAUGAUUACAAUUCAGCUCUAUUCAAGAUUGUCUCAAUACUAAAGCUGUGUGGUGAAGAGGUAACCGAUAGCAUGAUGCUUGAAAAGACCUAUACAACUUUCAACCACUCGAAUUCUGUGUUGCAAGAGCAAUACAGGACAAAGGGCUUUGCCACAUAUACUGAUCUGAUCUCUUGUCUACUCCUGGCCGAGGCAAACAAUGAACUCCUACUGAAGAGUAACGGAGUUAGACCGGCCGGGACAGCACCAUUACCCGAAGCUCAUGAGGUUGAGAAGAAGGAUCCCAAUGAGACCUACUUUGUCCAAGACAACAAGAAACCAUACGGCAAUAGCCGUGGUGGGUUCAAGAGGCGUGGACGUGACAACUCAAACGGCCGAGACGGCUACUCAACCGGCCGGAAAGGAAACCACAAUAACCGUGGUCGUGGUUCCAAUUACGGCCGGGGUCGAGGCAGCUACGGCCGUGGACGAGGUGGCAUAUCCAAACCAUCUUACACGUCCAACAAGUCUCUAUGCCAUAGAUGCGGAAGUGACAACCAUUGGGCAAAGAAUUGUAGGACUCCGAAACACUUGUGCGACCUCUACCAAGAGAGCCUCAAGAACAAGAACCCGGAGGCAAACAUGAUCCAAGAAAACGUCCAUGAGGACAAGGGAUAUGGGUAUGAUGCUGACCAUGAAUCCGACAAGGACAAUCAAGAUGACCUAAUGGAUUAUGAGACAUCCGAUUGUCUCAAGGACUAGUUUUCGAAUCACAUUGUCUUAUUGCUUUAUGUUUUUGAUUUGGUGUUUUUAUUUUAUGUAAUGGAAUUUUUAAUAAGAAGAGUUUUUAAACAUCUUAUGAAGUCUCUAAAGUUUAGAAAUUUUAUUUAUAGAAUGAA